AAUGUGAGUUGAGGAGUGAGUUAAGAGGUUAAGAGUUAAUGGCGGCGCCCACACAGUGAUCACCUGACACUCCCGUCCAUCAACAACUUUUAUUAUUAAAUUACAUCGCAUCUCGAAAGUCACUAUGAGCAAAAUUUUGAAAGUUGCUUGGUUUGUCACAAAGGUUGGCAUUGGUGGUGGUAUAGUUUAUGUGACAGUGGAUCAAGGAAUAUGGGGUAACAGUCACCAGGCUGCUGCUGCAUAUGACAGGGUGUACGACAUCAUGCCAGGAACCAAGAGUGUAUCCGAAAAGUAUUUACACUUACCGAAGAAAGAAGACGUUAAUGUUAACUUCCGAAGUUACUGGAAUAGCGGAGUCUUUUAUACAUUUGACUUUAUUGCCAAUAUCCCUACAAAGGUAAUUGGCAUUAAAGAUGCCAUUUUGGAUUUUGCAUCCUCUCCACCAGUCUCUGCCAAACAAAGUGAAAACCCACACAAAACAGAGGAAACAGUAUUGGAAGAGAAGCAGCCAAAUAAAAAUCCACCAGAACUUGAUGUAACAUCUGCUGUUCCACAAGAAACUUUAGAUUCAAUGCCACCAGAAGUUCCUCCACAAACAAAUGAAAAAUAAAUAGUGUAUAUUUUAUAAUUUUCUUUCAUGAAUAUUAUUGGCUAUAAUUUAUAUCUACUUUAAACAUUGAUUUUGUAUAUAGUUCUCAAUAAAUUUGUUAACUCUA